ACAUUUAACAUCCCAUAGUUAAUGAUUCAGAUUCACAUCUCUUUUCUUUUUAUUCCCCCUUCCCUCUCACCAUCACACCUCCCUAUUUUGCUCUAUAAAUACACAUUUCCCCUCCCUUACCUUCUUAUUAUAUUUUCCUUCAUUGUGUGUUUUGUUUUGAUAUUUCAAGCUCUCUCUACCAUAAUCACAGAAAGAAACAAAGUCUGCAAAGUUUGAACAACAAUGAGCUAUUCUCAUCAAAGCAUGGGUUCUGGUAGUAGAAGUGCAAGGGGAUAUGAGUUUGGAAGGACUUAUGUUGUGAGGCCUAAAGGAAAGCACCAAGCUACUAUUGUUUGGUUGCACGGUCUUGGAGACAAUGGCUCUAGCUCGUCCCAGCUCUUGGAGAGCCUGCCUCUUCCAAACAUAAAAUGGAUUUGUCCAACUGCUCCUUCACGUCCUGUUUCGCUUCUCGGUGGAUUCCCUUGCACUGCCUGGUUUGACGUGGGAGAAAUUUCUGAGGAUCUUCAUGAUGACAUAGAAGGCUUAGAUGCUUCAGCUGCACAUAUUGCUAACCUCUUGUCAACUGAACCAAGAGAUGUCAAAGUUGGGAUAGGAGGUUUCAGUAUGGGUGCAGCAAUAGCUCUCUACUCCACGACAUGCUAUGCUCUUGGCCGUUAUGGAAAUGGACAUCCUUAUACCAUAAACCUACGAGCUACUGUAGGACUUAGUGGCUGGCUUCCUGGUUGGAGGAGCUUAAGGAGCAAAAUAGAAAGUUCGAAUGAGGUUGCAAGACGUGCUGCAUCAAUGCCAAUUAUACUUGCACAUGGAACUU